CAUAAAACCAGCACGUAGCCCCAUCCCAAACCUAAAAACUUAUAAAGGCAGCAAACUUCAGACCAAAAGCAUUCAGACUGAGAACAACAGGGGGUGUGCGAACUGAAAUUCUGAAGCCAAGGGAGCCGCACAUCAUCAGAGCAAAAUGAAGCUGAAACAUUCAUUAAAGAAGCUUUGGACAAUCCUUCGAGCCAUUUUUACGUUCCUCUUUGCUCUGCUGGUUCUGGGAAUCAUGGUUUGGGCCUAUGUGCAAGGCUUCCAGCUGGUGACAUCCAUGUAUGGGAUCAUUUCCUUUGGCUUUUACGGACUCCUGCUCUCGCUCCAUGUUCUGGUUCAAAGCCUGUUCGCCUUUAUUGAGCACCGGCGAAUGAAAACUCACACGAAGCCGUGCAGCUACACUAAAACAAUUGGAUUCACUAUUUCUGCCUACCAGGAGGAUCCCAUCUAUCUUAAAGAGUGCCUCAACUCUGUCAAGAGCUUGCAGUAUCCCUCGGAGCUGUUGCGUAUCAUCAUGGUGAUAGACGGGAACUCAGAUGAAGACAGGUACAUGAUGGACAUGUUUAGGGAAGUAUUUGCAGACCAGGAUCCAGGUUUCUUUGUGUGGAAGAACAAUUAUCACUCUUGGGAUCCCACAAAGCCUCAGCAUGAUGAAGAAAUGGGAACAGAAAGCAGCGCUGACUAUGUCAUUGGAGAGGAUCCUCAGAAAAAAGACUUGGAGCAUCUUAUCCAGACCAAAAAGUGUGUGUGCGUCAUGCAGAAGUGGGGAGGCAAGCGGGAGGUGAUGUACACUGCGUUUAAGGCUUUGGGAUCAUCAGUUGACUACAUUCAGGUGUGUGAUUCUGACACCAAGCUGGACCCUUUAGCUACUGUGGAACUGUGCAAGGUAUUAGAGAGCAACCCCAGGUAUGGUGCUGUGGGAGGAGAUGUGAUGAUUCUCAACCUGAAAGAUUCAUACAUCAGCUUCAUGAGCAGCCUCCGGUACUGGAUGGCUUUCAACAUCGAGCGGUCCUGCCAGUCCUUCUUCAACUGUGUGUCCUGCAUCAGCGGUCCUCUGGGUUUGUACAGGAAUGACAUCCUCCAGCAGUUUCUGGAGUCCUGGUACAACCAGAAGUUUCUGGGAAGUCACUGCACAUUUGGCGAUGACAGACAUCUCACCAAUCGAAUGCUGAGCAUGGGCUACGCCACAAAAUACACAGCGCGUUCCAAGUGCUACACAGAAACACCCGCCCAGUUUCUUCGCUGGCUCAACCAGCAAACGCGAUGGACCAAAUCCUACUUUCGCGAGUGGCUCUACAACUCGAUGUGGUGGCACAAGCAUCAUCUCUGGAUGACCUACGAGUCCAUCGUCUCUGGUAUUUUUCCUUUCUUUGUCACAGCCACGAUCAUCCAGUUGUUCUGGAUGGGCUCGCUGUGGGACAUCCUCUGGGUUCUCUGCUGCAUCCAGCUCAUUGGGCUGGUGAAAGCAGCCUACGCCUGCCUCCUUCGCCAUAACAUCGUGAUGGUCUUUAUGUCGCUCUACUCCUCGUUGUACAUGACCAGUUUGCUGCCCGCAAAGUAUUUUGCCAUUCUCACAAUGAACAAAAGCAGCUGGGGGACGUCUGGUAGGCGUAAGAUUGUUGGUAACUACAUCCCCCUGCUUCCGUUGUCAGUGUGGGCUGCUAUUCUCUUAGGUGGGUUUGGAUACACAAUCUACAGAGAGACUCAACAAGAUUGGUCAAGUCCAGCCAAGAUUAUGGAAACUCGGUUCCUUGUUUUUGGUUGUGUGGCUUACUUAUGUUACUGGCUGGUCAUGAUGAUCCUCUACUGGGGAUGGUUCCGCAGGUUAUGCAGAAGGCGCUCCCAAAGCUACACCCUUAGCGUUUAGAUUUAAAGACUGAAUUCAAUUUUAAUGACUAUCGCUUUAUUUAUUGUAUUUAUUUUGUCAGUACAAACUAAGGGAUUAAGUAUUGUUUUUAUCAAUUAGAAGGGCAACAUCGACUAUUUCACUCAUAUGGAGAUGGUUUUACAUAUUUAAAAACAUACGAGCUGAAGUUUUUGGGGCUAUUGCAAUACUCAAAUUUUUCUGGAUUAGGUGACAAGAAAGCAGACUGUCUGUUAUAAGAUAUUUAUUUAUGAUAUUUAAAUCUGGGAAAAAGUGAUUGGUUAUUUCUAGAAAGACUAACUCUACUGAUGCCACUACUGUCCAUGUAUAUAGUUGUGUACACUUAUGAAAAGGAAGUUGUCUCCGCACUGAAUGAUGCACUGCAUCUCAUGCUGUUAUGCAUAUUUACUUGAAACUUGCACACUGUAUGUAGAGUACGCCACACUGUGAAACAUCAACAAGCAGAAAAGACAUCUCUGACCAAUGCCUGAAGUUAUUGCAACAUUUUAUCAUACAUACGUCAUACAUUAUUUUUUGGCAA